CCACUGCGUGCGUUCCCUACGGGACCUUUUGGUACUGCCUGGUGGCUGUCGUUUUGGGGGUCGUGGCCCCCCCAACAUUGCUGGAACCGAAUUGUUGUCCGACUCCCUUUUGACCCGUUCCCCUCCCCGUUUCCUGUCAUUCUAAAGCUUUCAUCAUCUUUUGACAUUCAUCUUUGUUCAGACAACUUAGUAAAACAGCUUGCUUACUUGAUUUUACUACCUGUGUGGUUGAGUCGACAUAUAUUUACACCACGACUCGUAAGCUUCCACUAAGGCUCCACGCCCUCAUUGCUUGAGAAGAUUUCUCCCUCCACCAGCCCGCCACCACUGUUUAUUAUCAUUUAAUAUACGAGAUCGAUUCAGAAAUCGUCAUCAAAAACACCCUUGCUUCUUUAUCAACACCAUUUCUCCACAACUCUUUGCAAUGCCUGCCUCCGGAGGUAUCGCCACCAAGCCCAAGUACAGCUUCCUCGACGACUACAGUGAAGGUGCCCAUCCUGAUCUGCUCCGCGCUCUCGUCGCCUCCAACGACACCCAGGAAGCCGGCUACGGAAGAGACACAUAUAGCCAGGAUGCUCGUGAACUGAUUAGACAGCAAGUUGGCUGCCCGGAAGCCGGUGUCUUCUUCGUCCCCAGUGGCACUUCUGCCAAUGCCAUCUCAAUUGCUUCUUGCCUCCGCCCUCAUGAGGCUGUUAUUGCUGCCAGCUCCGGUCACAUUGUCACCAGAGAGACUGGUGCUAUCGAGGCCGGUGGUCACAAGAUUAUUAGCGUCGUUCCCCAGAACGGCAAGCUGACUCCUGCCUCCAUCACAAAGGCUAUCGACGACAACUGGCACUUCCCUCACAUGGCCAAGCCUCGUCUUGUCUACAUCUCCAACGCCACCGAAGUUGGCACCAUCUACACCAAGGCAGAGUUGACUGCCCUUAAGCAGCUCUGUGAGAUGAAUGGUCUUCUGCUCUUCAUCGAUGGUGCUCGCAUGGGUGCUGCUAUGACCUCCAAGAAGAACGAUAUGACCCUUAACGAUGUUCUCCAGCUCAGCGACAUCUUCUGGAUCGGUGGCACCAAGAACGGCGCUCUCCUGGGUGAGGCUGUCGUCGUGAAGGAUCCCAAGCAUGCCGAGGACUUUGAAUUCUUCGUCAAGCAACAGGGCUCGCUGCUCGCCAAGGGCCGCAUCAUGGGCACUCAGUUCACAGAACUGUUCCGAGAAGGCCUCUUUUUCAACUUAGCUCGCACUGCCAACGAGGCGGCGCUCGCUCUCUCCUCUGCCAUUCUUCAGGGCGGCUAUGAGUUGCUCGCCGAGACCGAGACUAACCAAGUCUUUGCCAUUCUGCCUCUGGAAUUGGCCAACUUCCUCCAGCAGAGCUUCAACUUCUACAUCUGGGAAAAGUUUGACCAAGACCGCGUCGUGGUUAGACUGUUGACAACCUGGGCAACCCAGCCUGCUCAACUUGAAAAGUUUAGCCGCAUUGUUGUUACUUGGGGUACCGCCGCCGCAGAGGUGUAAUCAUGUGUACCGACUUCAUUUUGUUCAUUUUGUUUGGCGUUUUAAGGACUACAUUUAAUCUUGGGUGGCAUACAUAUAUAACCUCAUUUACGAAAACUAAUAAUUUACGACAUAUAAUUUUCUUUUGCAAAACAUCGAUAAAGACUCGCUAAGGAAGCAAUGCAAUCUUACGUGGUACCAAAUAGUAACGAUUUUGGCCCCCAACUGUGUACACAUAUGUAACGAGUGAGAAGCGGGCAAUUGAUGGAAAACAAAC